AUGGCUACGAACACCUUGACCACCACUGCCAUUGAGGACAUAGGCAUCAAGACGCAGCCUGGAUAUCCUCGCGAGCCUCUAAAGACCAAAGGCGUUCUGGAUACCUUCGAGUCUUUCGACGUUACACCAGUCAUCGGCCGCGAAUUUGUGGAUGUAAGUCUGAAGGAAUGGUUGCGCGCGCCAAACUCCGACGAUUUGAUACGCGACCUGGCAAUCACAAUUUCUCAGCGCGGUGUUGUCUACUUCCGCAAGCAGGAUGAUUUGGAUGACGAACUUCAAAAAGAGCUGGCCCAGCGUCUCGGCGAGCUUUCUGGCAAACCAGAAACAUCCAAGCUGCAUAUCCACCCAGUUAGAAACGCGGGAAACCGUCUUGGAGGCAAUGACAAUGAGAUCAGUGUCAUUAGCUCAGAUUUGGCGAAGCAACUCUUCAAAGAGCGGUCACAGACUGGCAAGCAUGGCUGGCACAGCGAUAUCACGUUUGAGCCGGUACCAAGCGACUAUGCAAUCCUGAGAAUGACGCAGCUACCGAAAUCAGGAGGAGAUACUUUGUGGGCAUCAGGGUACGACCUUUAUGACCGCCUUUCGAAACCGUAUCAGAAGUUCUUCGAAUCUCUCACCGCAACAUACGCCCAACCAGACUUCAAUCGAGCGGCCAAAGAAAACAACUUCCCCGUUUACACCGCUGCGCGAGGUGCACCAGAGAACACUGGCGACUCCCUGACCGCUAUCCACCCCUGCAUCCGCACGAACCCCGUCACGGGAUGGAAGUCUCUCUACAGCGUUGGCCACCACGUUCAGCGUAUCAAUGAGCUGAGCUCAGAGGAAUCAGAGCGUACUAAAGCCUGGUUCCUCCAGCUAAUCACCGAAAAUCACGAUCUGCAGAUCAGACAUAGAUGGCAAAACCCAAAUGACGUGGCCAUCUGGGAUAACAGAAGCGUAUUGCAUACAGCGACGUACGAUACCGAUGGCCAAGGACCGCGGAAGGGGUAUAGAGUAGUCAGCUUGGGUGAGCGGCCAUAUCUGGAUCCACAAAGUACGAGUAGGAUGGAAGCGUUGAGGCUCGCGGAGGGACAGUAG